AUGGAUAAAUUUAAUAGUAAUAAUUAUAGUAUUGUUUCGGCUUUACGAAAAGGUAAUUUGGAGAAAGUAGAAGAGCUUAUUAAUUCCAUUGAUUUUUAUAAUCCAUCAUUAUCGUUAUCUGGAUAUUUCUUACUUUGUCAUGCCAUCAACAGUCAACAUGAAGCUAUAAUAAAAUUAUUGAUAAACAAAAACGUUAUGGUUAAUUGCAGUUGCAAUUAUAAAAAACUUCACAACACUCCACUUCAUUUAGCUAUUUUAUAUGAUAACUACGAUUUAAUUGAAAUUCUUUUGGCUAAAAAAGUAAAUAUUGAUAUCAAGAAUCAAUGUGGUAAAACACCCCUUGAAUUGGCUAUUAUGAAAAGAAACAUGGAAAUAAUCGAAUUAAUUCUUAAUAAUACCAUCGAGGUAAAUAUCAGUAAUAAUGAUUACACCAUGUUACUAUAUUAUACAAUAAAUGGAGGAUUUAUUAAAAUAGCCAUACAACUUUUAUCUAAAUGUUUUAAUAAUGUGAUUGAAAAAGUAUUUGGUUACAAUGAUCUAUUGUACUCAGCAAUCGAUAAAAGAUACUACCAAAUUGUAAAGAUUCUUGUCGAUCGAGGAGUAGACAUUAAUUCAACGUAUUCGUCUAGUUGGUUAAUCAGUCAUCAAACGCCAUUACAUCAUGCUUGUAAAAAUGGUGAUUACAUAAUGGUUCAAUUAUUAUUAAAUAAAGGUGCUGAUGUCGAUAUAAAAGAUGAAUUUAAUAAAACUCCUCUUCAUGUCGCUGUCCAAGAAGGACAUGUACAUACCGUCGUUACUCUUCUGAAUCAUGGAGCUGAUGUUAAUUCUUUCUUUUACACAUUUGAUGAUAAUUAUUACACGGCAUUGCUAUUAGCUUGUGAAAAGGGUAAUGAAGAAAUAGCAAAGUUACUGUUAAAUAGAGGAGCGGAUGUUAAUAUUGAAAAUAAAUUUGGUUUAACUGCAUUUUCUCUCGCUGUACGAAAUGGGCACAAUUUUUUAAAGAUAAGUUAUGAGCUUUUGUAA